AACCCCUAUAUAUGUUUUUGAUUUCUAAAUUAACUCCAGGCUCAURAAUAUUGGAAAAGCCUUCAGCAGGAAGUAAGAGUUGGGUAUGUUUUUAUACAAUUAGACGUCGUCCAACCGAAGUCACUCCUUAAUCAUUAAUCAGAGUUGCGCUCACAAUAAAACAACGUUGGCUGCAUUAGAAGAAGAUCCRCGAUGACAACAUGGAGAGUCACAUCAUUCAAGUGGUACUCUUCUCUUUGGUGUCACUUACUCAAGGUAAACUAUGCGAAAACCUUCACCCUGGUUUGUUUGCGGCAUGUGUGAAUGCUGGAAUCAACACAACGAUUGCGUUCACCUCAUAUACGUCCAAUCCAAGCAAGAAAGUUAUAAUCUCAUCUCUCACAAGUCAAACUAUUACUGAACUUCAAGGUUGUUCGCCUUACACUGGCUUCUUAAUCUGCUCAGUGACUGUUCCAAAAUGCAUUGAAAAAGUCUAUAAUCCUGUUCUACCGUGUAAACGCGUAUGUGAAGACGUAGUUCGUGGAUGCGAUGUCCAUGGAGUGCAUAAUGGAGACGUGGAAUGGCUGAAAGGCUUGUGUAGGAUUUUACCUGAWCAGGAUUCCAAAGAUACGAAGUGUAUUGAGCCGAGAGGUUUUAAACCACUGCAUAAGAGAGUUCCCAUUCGAAAGAACUGUACAAAGUUAUUUCUUUCUCACUGCCAAGGCUUUGGAUUCAACUACACCACAAAAUCGUUCAUCGAGCAGCUUUAUCUAAGCCAGCACUUUGACUCUAUAUUAAACGAAACAGUCAUUUCAUCGACAAGUACAUACUGCAGGUCUCUAGUUCGUGAACUCCUUUGCACUGUACUUAUUCCGCCUUGUUUUCAAGACAAUCACUCAAAGCCAGCGAUCUACACCGUGUGUAAGGMACGCUGCCAGGUUUUGUGGAGAGAAUGUCCGACGGUUUUGACAAAACAAUUUGGUAUUUUUGAAGAUUGCUCGAUGGAAGCAGAUAGAGAGACUGAUUAUAUAGGGUUCUGUAGRGUCACUCAGUGGCCUGGGUCACACAAAUGGCUUAAAGCAAAGUCCACUAUAGUGGAAGUAACCAAGAAAACAGAAAAUAGCAAAGACCCCGAAAUACACGCUCUUGCGUUAUYAAUAACAUUCGCAAUAGUUCUGACGUGUGGUAUUCUUGCUUCAGCGACGUACUGUUACAUGAAGAAAAGAAGAGUGUUUAGCAUGCGCGGCUACUGGAGGCAUGGMGACGAGGAAGAGGAGGAGAUGGCUGUCAUUAUGACUACUUGAAUGACGUAGAUGAUGGUGAUGAUGAUGAUGAAAUUGGACAACAUAACAAUAUGUUUACGGGAGAACUGCCAUCGUAAUGCGUCGACACAUAUUGUAGUUAURAUAGUAAUUAACUGAACAAAGUUCUAGUGUUCAGUUAAAACCUAUGGAAUUAACCCCCGAUUGACGCUUUCCUGGGUUUUGAGCAACUAUACCCCCUUGACGAUAAAAAUUUUUGUUUUCUCAGUUUGUAUUAGUGCUACUUGUAUAUUUACCGUCCUUUAUUCAAAACAUUCCACCAACGCAAUUCAUCAGCUUCGUGCUAUAACUUAAUUUGAUUUUCUGACAAGCGUUUAAUAGCGGUAAGACYCCCGGAGGACCUUAAAUAAAUAUCGUUCACUUUUGRCUCCUUUUACAUUAUUGGCAGAUCAUGCAAGUAAAAUUAACUUGAACUCAUUUUGUAGUCAUGGUGAAUACUAUAGACACUUCAGGASAGUWUCAGGKUCGCUUGACACUAAGUGACAUAASAAGAAAACACAAAGGAAUGUAAUAAAACGCAUGACUUAGUCACCGACACAAGCACAARCAUAAGAAUGAGUAAAUGCAAGAAAACGGAAAAGGUCCUUUUGRUUUMUAAAUGCAUAAAAUGGMGAACGUUUUCGUUUGUUUUUGUCCACAGUUUUUCUUAUCUCCCAAUGUGAAUCAGUUAUUAACGAGUAUCAAUCACCUAUAUGACAUCAAUUAAUAAAAUAUUAYCGCAA